UGCGUUUACACGGCUUGCGUUUUUACAGUUUAGCGUCUCGAUCGCCCUUGAAAGACUCAACAUGGCAGGUAGACUGGCGAGAUCUCUCCUCCAGAGAAGGUUCGGAAGCUCUCUGCAGCGGCUGCCAGUGAGACUGGCCAGUGGAGAAGCCUACGUACCUGAGAAGCCACCAGUGGAAGGGAAGACAGAGAACAUGAAGUUGGUCCAUGCCAUAAACAAUGCUCUUGACAUUGCCAUGGAGACUGACUCCACUGCAGCCAUAUUUGGGGAAGACGUGGGGUUUGGAGGAGUCUUCCGCUGCUCUGCUAAUCUCAGAGAUAAAUAUGGUCAGUGUACUCUAUAGGACUGUUCAAUUCACCCUAUGUUCAUGUAGUACACAACUGGUUGUGAAUCAUGUUAUGGGUGUAGUUGCUUUCCUAUUGCCUUUGCCUUGUACGUACCUCACCGCGUUGUUGACACGUUUAUUUUGUUGAGACUGAGGUUUACAGAAUCUAAACUGUUCAAGCUGACGAAUUACUUUUGUUUAGGUGUGUGUUUUUAUUUGUGCAGAUGUUUCUAUACCUUCAUGCUUUAUUUGGUGCUGUAUGUACAUACUGUACAUUUGCACACGCGUUUUUUUGAAUGUGGAAGGCACUGCACGUAUUACACGUCAUUUUUUAUGAAUGUGUGCAUACAAUAAUUAUCCGUCGCUCCUUUACUUAUGUAUGUAUGUGCCUCACACUUUCAUAGAAGUAUAAAUA